AUGGCCCCCAAUGAAGAAAAUCCCGCCCUCGUAGUAGCAGCAUUCGACGAGCUGCUCAACAAAGAGGACGUGGAUAUAAAUACGUUAACAGCGUACGCCACUGCCCUUAUUUCGCGUUUGCGUUCCUUCAGCCGAGAAGCAGUGUCGCGCACGACCGCCCAGAGGGCCCUGAUGACCGAAGCCCGAAACACGAUGGAUCAUGCACACCUUGGUCUACAAAACUUGCUUUACGAGAGGCGGCACCUCGAACGUGAAAUCCAGAAGUGUAGGCAGUUUGAAUUUAUCUAUCAAGAUAUUCCGCUAUACCCCUUGGAAGAGUUUGCGGAGCUUGUGCCCGGGGUCGUAGGCGCCAUUGAUAAUCAUGAACUCAUGAAGAAACGUUUGGAAUUUGAAAACUCUGAACGUGCUCGGCUCGAAGAUAAAAAGAAAGCAUUGAUUGCGGAACGCGACAAAUUGAUCAAAGAGAAACGGGAACAUCGACUGAGGCUUGAAUCCGAAUCACGAGAGGAGGCUGAAUUCGCAAAGGUUGGGGAUCGCUUUCCCAUGAAAGCGGCUGCUUUGGACGGCAUACUCGCGGACCUAACGCUAGUUUCCGGGACACCUAAUCCAUCAUCAUCAUAA